AUGGAAUCAAUUUUUUUCCUGUAUUCAUCAAGUUCGGAUUCUGAUGAAUAUGAAAAUAUCAAUGCCAUUAGGAAAAAAAUACGGAACACUAGUGACCCCUUAAGUUUGCAAAAUAAUGAAUUUAAAAAACGGUUUAGACUAUCGAAGGAAGCAUUCAAUUUUCUUCUUGACGAAUUAGUAUUUGAAGGGCAAAUUUCUACCACAGUUCCACCAAAAAUACAAUUGGCUGCUACCUUAUCACUAUUAGCUUCUGGAGGUUUCCAACAUUCAGUUGGGAAUGACUUUUUAAUAGGAAUUAGUCAAAGUUCCAUCUCAAUUAACUUUAUUUAUUUGGCAGUUAUUGGCUGCGUUGAUGGGACCCAUUUUGGAUUGCAGAAGCCUCCCAACGAGCAUAUGUUUUUUAACAGGAAAGGCUUUCAUAGUCUAAAUUCAAUGAUAAUAUGCGACCAUAAAUAUAAUAUUUUGGCCAUAAAUUCUAAAUAUGGUGGAGCUGCUCAUGAUUCGUUUGUUUGGAAGGAAUCAGUAGAAAGAAUCCAUCUCGAACAAGAAUAUAAUAAUAAUUUAAGAAAUUUUUGGCUCUUAGGUGAUUCGGGAUAUCCAUGUGAACCUUGGUUGUUAACACCCUACCGAAAUCCCCAAGAAAAUUCAAUGGAAUCGAAGUUUAACGAUAUUCAUUCCAAAGCAAGGUGUAUUGUCGAAAGGACAAUUGGAAUUUUGAAGGCCCGGUGGAAAAUUUUAUGUCACGACAAGCGAAGUCGUUAUAGUGCCGAGAAAAUUGCACAGUUCUCUAAUGUAUGUGCAGCUCUACACAAUAUUUGCAUACAUUUUAAAGUGCCCAAUUACGAAGACGUACAACAAACGCCAUUGGACACGGAAAUGCCUGAAAUAGAUACGGGAACAGAAACACAAAUAACCAAAGUAGGGAAAAAGAUUAGAGAUAACAUUAAAUUAUGCUUAUGUUCCUAG